UUCCAUUAUUUUCUUACUCCAUGAAAUUCACAGCAUGUAUAACACCUCCUUUUUCCGCUUUGGAUACAAUGCUCCACUCUGUACCCUCUCAUGAGUUCUCCAUUUCCGCUUCAUCUAUAUGUAUUGCCUAGCUUCUUUUUUACAUUUCUGCUCUUUUUCCGUCACCAUUUCAUUGAAACUACACAACAGGACUUGCACAUGUGUUUUCAGGAGGACAAUUAGUAUUGUCAAAUUGAAAAUUGGGUAUGUACCCAAUUCUAUACAUUUUUACUUUUUUUUUUUUCUUCUCUCCAUAAUUUCUUAAAAGAGUCAUUAAAACAAUUUGCAAUAAAUACAACAAUGAAAAGCAGUGAUGAAUCUGCAC